AUGGCGGUAGGCAGUGGACGAAUAGUACAUGAGAGCAUAUCGGAAUAUGACGUGCUAGCGUCGUCGCCAUCCAAGACUGUGUUGAAAUUUAUUGACGGAGACCACGAUGUGGCGUCUAGCUCCGUGUCGCCUCUAUCCAUGUCGCUAUCGCUGUCGGGGACUUUUAGCUGCGACAGUUCGCGCCUUAGCUGCGACGGCGCGCCAGACGACACGGGCUGGGAGAGCCCCUCGGAUUGCGGCGCCGACGCGGUCUUCGGCGCGCAAUACGGGGACCGCCUCCCGAGCCGCAGGCGGAGCUUCGCAGGCGCGGGUACAAACCUCUCGAUCGGACGGCUGUCGGAUGGGCAUUUGAGCCUGGAGCGCGCGUGCAAGUCGGCGACGGUGCCGCGCGUCAGCAGCCGCCUGCUGGCCCCCACCCAGUCGUCGCAGGCCAAGUCGCGCUCUCUCGCCCAUCGGCGCGCAGCGGAGGACGGUGGGUCGGUGGGGCGCGAACCGUUCAGCACCUCGUCGCAGCCACGUAGGACCAAGGCUGUCACGGCAGCAGCAGGAACGGAACGCGGAACGGCUUCAGCAGCAAACUCAAACGAGCGUGUGCAUGCGCUGAUCUGUAGCCCACCUCGCGGAAAGAUUUCAGUGGAAAAAUCGGCACAGAACGCAGCAAAAGGCGGGCAGCGCGGGCAAGGGCGGCGACUGUCAGACGCGAGUGAGAAUCUGGCGCUGAAGCUGGCCAAGCACCGACAGGGGCUGGGAGUGGUGGGCGUCGGAGGCCCCAAGUCGGGUGCUGCUGGCGCCGCUGCCGCUCAACAGGUGCCACGUGGCGAGAGGAUGGGACCUCGAGGGGGGGCUGCGGCUCCGCCUGUGUCCUCCAAAGUGCCGGCGGCGGGCAGGAAGCCUCUGGUCGCGGGAUCUGCGGGGAACGUAGCGCAGAGCCGCGUUGCGGGGGGGGAAGUGAAGCCCCAACAGCGCCUGCUUGACGGGAAAGGCGCGCCUGGUGGUAGCGGUGGGGGGAAGAACGAAAAGCGGGUAGUGGGGACAAUCGGAGUGGGGAACGGUGGGAGGGGCGUGAGCGCGGAGCAAAGGACGAAGGAGCGUAAUGAGCGGCAAGAGGCUGCCCGUCACACAGAGCUGUCGCGAGGGACGAGGGGCAGUGGAAGGCGGGCAGCUGCGCAAGGCGCGGGAAGCAGCUGCGGUGCGAAAGGCACGCAAGGGAGCAAUCAUAGUAAGGAGAUCCACUCUGCACCCCUUACGGCAUCGCUGACUGCAUCCCACGCGCAGCACGCUCCUUCGUCCCAGCACCCGCCUCCUCGUCAUGAUCAACCGCCUUUGAUCACGCAACCAGCUGGCGACGUGCGCGGCAUGGAGCAGGACGUGCAGUACGUGCGCCACGCCAUGCUCGCCGCUGGCUUCCUCUCCGACGCGCUCCCCCCCCUCUUCUCCCCCUACCUCCCCAUCAACCCCGCCUUCUUUCAGCACCUCGAAGCCGCCUUCCUCAUGCGCUGCUGCGCGCACCCCCCCCACGACCCGGCUCUCCUCACCACCAGCCUGCCCUCGCUCCCUCUCACCAUACCCGCAUCGUACAACGAGGAGCGCCGUCAGCGCAUGCUGCUCUUUGACGCCGUCAAUGAAGCCCUCGGCCGCCGCCUCGUGCCUUUCCUCCCACGCGCGCCGUGGUCCCCCCCGCCCGUGCAAGUGGCGCCACGCAGGCGGCCUGUGGGCAUGGAGCUGGUGCAGGAGGUGUGGUCGGAGAUUCACUCAUGGCCCGUGGCGUCCACUGAUGAGGUGUACACCGUGCUGGAUGAGUCAGCGAGGCGUGAUUUGUGGAGGGGCACGGAGAGGUGGCGUGCACAGGAUGUGGCAGAGGAGGAGCCGGGUGUUGUGUUUGAUGUGGAAGGGGUGUUGCUGGAGGGGCUGCUAGAGGAGGUUUGCCUGGAGUUUGUAGAGGUGGAGCAGAGGCGGGCGAGUAAGAGGAUGUCAGUGCACGGAGUGGUGAAGGCACAUAUUGCAUCAUCAGUCAUGGCGGAGAGGGAACAAGACGCGUCGAGUCCUCCCUCUGCCGUGCAGUCGGCAACAGACGUCGCGAAUUCCCCGCCGUCAGCCUCCGAGUCUCCCGAGGCGGGCGGCUCGGGAUUGGUGCGGCUGGUGCACGUGGAAAUCGCAGGCGCGCGGAAGCUUCUGCCAAAAGACGGCGCCUCCUCCAGCCCCUUCUGCGUCGUGGAGUUCAACGGUCACACGAAGCGGACUCAAACAGUGGAGAGGGACUUGAACCCCGUGUGGGAUGAGAAGUUCGUGUUUGCAGUCCCCCUCCCUUCACCCCUCACCCCCGCACUGACCGACCAUCAAGAGCCGGUCCACGUCACCAUCUACACCCUCUCCUCUGCCACGGCCCCGCUCGUUGCGGCGGGCAGCAUCUCGGCCAGCCUUCGCCGGCCGGUGCUGGGCUCUGGUCUCACUGGGGGGACGGCAGUCGAUCCGGAGAGAAGCGUGUUCCUGGGGAAGGUGCAGGCGCGCUCACUGCAAGCCCUGGAUCUCAAUGCCUCCAGUGACCCUUUUGCCAUGGUGACGGUGGGCAAGGUCACGGCACGCACGCGCACCGUUCCAGAUGACGUCAACCCCAAGUGGAACCAGGUGUUUGCAAUUGGCCAGUCCCCCACGUCCUUCUCCCUCGCCAAUCCUUCCUCCACACUCGACAUAGUGAUCAAGAACGAGAACCGCCUAAUGAGGGACUCCUUCCUGGGAGCCAUCUCGUUGCCAAUCGCCUCUCUCCCCCACCGCGUCCCCCCCGCGCCCCCUGUUGACCCGCGCUGGAUUCGCCUGGACAACAAAGCUGCUAGUGCCCCUGCCAGCGCCGCUCGCAGCACAGUCAAAGGCGAGAUACAGGUGGCGGCGUGGAUAGGAGUGAGGGCGGACGAGCAGUUUGCAGAGGCGUGGCAGUCAGACGUGAAGGGCGUGGCGCACCACCGCUCGCGCACGUACCCCUCUCCACGCCUCUGGUACCUGCGCGUACACCCCUGCAAGCUGGAGCACCUCUCUGUACCGCGCGUUGCUCCCAGCCUUGUGAGUAUUACAAUCUCCCAAGAUUCCCACCCCUUGGCAUGCUGCUGGUGCCCCUCUCCACUCCUCUGGUACCUGCGCGUACACCCCUGCAAACUGGAGCACCUCUCUGUAAAGUGUGUUGCACCCAACCUUGUGAGUUCUAAGACGUCUCAUAAGCCACGUCUCUGCUUAUGUCAUGCGCUUUCAUGCGCUCUCGUAGUGCUCUUAUCUCAUGCAAUGGUUACUUCCCGACUCAUGGCGUACGUGGGUCCAAUCCCCUACUUUCCCUCAUCCAUUACCCCUGCCCCUCCCACCAAUCAGGUGGUGCGGCUACGAGUGCCUGGCGGCAUGCAGGUGCAGACAGGCCCCGCCACCCACCGCACUCCAUCUCCGCCCGGUGAAAGCGAUGUGGGCGGCGGGGGGGAGGGCGUGUGGGUGUGGGGCGAGAGCGAUGAGCAGGUGCUGGUGGUGGCGGAACCACUGAAUGGAUACCUGCACGUGCAGAUCGUCAACGUCAUUUCGCCCUCCUGGGAGGAGGUGGUGGCAUCAGCAAACGUGCUCAUCUCCUCCAUCCCCACCCGCCUCACCCUUGACCCCCUUGAACCCAUCUCAAUCGCUCUCCAAACCACCGCCUCUGCCACUCAUGCAGCCAUCACCGCUGCACACCGCACCCCCUCUGCCGAUUCCCUCGAAUCCCCCUCAAAACCAUCCCCAGCCCCAACUCUCGCCUCCUCCCUCUCCACCUCCUUCCUUUCCCUCACCUCCACCUCCUCCUCCUCCUCCCUCACCCCCCUCCUCUCCCUCCUCCUCGCCCUGGAAGGCGGCCACCACGUCUUCACCCAGCACCCCCGCUUCCUCUCCUCCUCGCUCCCCGCCACCCGCUCCCUCUACCCGCCGCCCAUCGCACGCCUCGAGAUCGGAAUCAUAUCGGCGAAGAAUCUGCAGCGGCCGGUGGCGAGCUCGCUGGGGAGUGCGGGGAUGGACGUGUAUGUGGUGGUGCGGUAUGGCGGCAUGUGGGCAAGGACACGCACUGUGUGCGGGGAGACCAGCCCCGUGUGGCGCGAGCAGUUCAACUGGCCUGUCUACGACCUCUGCACUGUCGUCACCAUCGAACCUGUUCUCUUACAGGAGGCCACGGGCCUGCUGUGCAAGCAGCUGGGAGCAUUCGACCCGCCGCUGCGAGCCGAGGUGGUGCAGUACAUGGGGGAGUGCGAUGAAGACGUGCUGUCCGUGCGGCGACUUAAAGCCAACCUGCAGCGCAUCAAGAUGCUGCGGGCGCGCUUCUCUGCCAUGGCUGCCGGGUUCAACGCCGUGCGGUCGUGGGAGAGCCUCCCUCUCACGCUCGCCGUGCACGCGGCGUAUGCUUUCGCGCUGUUCUACCCGUCCUUCAUCCUCCCCACGCUCUUCUUUCUUCUCGCGUGGCAACUGCUCGCCUCCUCCCCCACUCGCCCGCUCGGUCCCCCUCUGAUGGAUCUGAAGCUUUCGCAGGGGGAGGCUAGCGAGGAGGGGGCGGAGAAGGGAGGGGAGGAGGGGGAUGACGGGGAUGAGGAGGAUGAAGAGCAGGAGAAAGGUGGUUCCGGUCCGGUGGCGUACUAUAAGGCCCUGAGGGCCAAGUACGACAAGCUGAUGGACGGUGCAGGGAGGGUGCAACGGGGCCUUGGCGUCAUUGCUGACGCAGCAGAGAAGAUAGAGAUGCUGCUCACGUGGCGAGACCCAAGAGCCACGUUCCUGCUCCUCUCAGUGUGCACGGCGCUCAUGGCUCUGCUGCUGCUGCUGCCCUUCCGACCCGUGGCGCUAGCAGCGGGCUUCUGGGCAAUGAGGCACCCGCGCCUGCGCCGCAUCACUCCCACCAAGGUCAAAUGCUUCCUCGCUCGCCUGCCCACGCGCGCCGACACCAUCUACUGA